GUGGUCAUAUAGAAAUGAUAGACAAAUUAGUGCUUGAAUAUGGCCUCAAUCCCGCAGAGAAAGAUAAUGAUGGUAACACACCUCUACAUAUUGCAGCCUCCAUUAAAGGACAUGUUGAAACAGUGAGACACCUGAUUAGCAAGCACAGUGCUGAUGUUGAUUGCACUAAUAAUCAGGACAAUACUCCAUUGAUGCGAGCUGCGCUGAAUGGUCGUGUGCAUGUUUUGGAUAUGCUAAUCAAAGAAUUCAACAGCAGUUGUCAUGUCCGAGGUUACAAUGGUUAUACUCUCCUUCACUAUGCAUGCAAUGGUGGUCAUAUAGAACUGAUAGACAAAUUAGUGCUUGAAUAUGGCCUCAAUCCCGCAGAUAAAGAUAAUGAUGGUAACACACCUCUACAUAAUGCAGCCUCCUUUAAAGGACGUGUUGAAACAGUGAGACACCUGAUUAGCAAGCACAAUAAAGAUAAUGAUGGUAACACACCUCUACAUAAUGCAGCCUCCUUUAAAGGACGUGUUGAAACAGUGAGACACCUGAUUAGCAAGCACAGUGCUGAUAUAGAAAUGAUAGACAAAUUAGUGCUUGAAUAUGGCCUCAAUCCCGCAGAUAAAGAUAAUGAUAGUAACACACCUCUACAUGUUGCAGCCAUUAAAGGACGUGUUGAAACAGUGAGACACCUGAUUAGCAAGCACAGUGCUGAUGUUGAUUGCACUAAUAAUCAGAACAAUACUCCAUUGAUGCGAGCUGCGCUGAAUGGUCGUGUGCAUGUUUUGGAUAUGCUAAUCAAAGAAUUCAACAGCAGUUGUCAUGUCCGAGGUUACAAUGGUUAUACUCUCCUUCACUAUGCAUGCAAUGGUGGUCAUAUAGAAAUGAUAGACAAAUUAGUGCUUGAAUAUGGCCUCAAUCCCGCAGAGAAAGAUAAUGAUGGUAACACACCUCUACAUAUUGCAGCCUCCAUUAAAGGACGUGCUGAAACAGUGAGACACCUGAUUAGCAAGCACAGUGCUGAUGUUGAUUACACUAAUAAUCAGAACAAUACUCCAUUGAUGCGAGCUGCGCUGAAUGGUUGUGUGCAUGUUUUAGAUAUGCUAAUCAAAGAAUUCAACAGCAGUUGUCAUGUCCGAGAUGACGAUGGUUAUACUCUCCUUCAUCAUGCAUGCGAUGGUGGUCAUAUAGAACUGAUAGACAAAUUAGUGCUUGAAUAUGGCCUCAAUCCCGCAGAUAAAGAUAAUGAUGGUAACACACCUCUACAUAUUGCAGCCUCCUUUAAAGGACGUGUUGAAACAGUGAGACACCUGAUUAGCAAGCACAGUGCUGAUGUUGAUUGCACUAAUAAUCAGAACAGUACUCCAUUGAUGCGAGCUGCGCUGAAUGGUUGUGUGCAUGUUUUGGCUAUGCUAAUCAAAGAAUUCAACAGCAGUUGUCAUGUCCGAGAUGACGAUGGUUAUACUCUCCUUCAUCAUGCAUGCGAUGGUGGUCAUAUAGAACUGAUAGACAAAUUAGUGCUUGAAUAUGGCCUCAAUCCCGCAGAUAAAGAUAAUGAUGGUAACACACCUCUACAUAUUGCAGCCUCCUUUAAAGGACGUGUUGAAACAGUGAGACACCUGAUUAGCAAGCACAGUGCUGAUGUUGAUUGCACUAAUAAUCAGAACAGUACUCCAUUGAUGCGAGCUGCGCUGAAUGGUUGUGUGCAUGUUUUGGCUAUGCUAAUCAAAGAAUUCAACAGCAGUUGUCAUGUCCGAGGUUACAAUGGUUAUACUCUCCUUCACUAUGCAUGCAAUGGUGGUCAUAUAGAACUGAUAGACAAAUUAGUGCUUGAAUAUGGCCUCAAUCCCGCAGAUAAAGAUAAUGAUGGUAACACACCUCUACAUGUUGCAGCCAUUAAAGGACAUGUUGAAACAGUAAGACUUUUGAUUACUCAACACAAAAUUGAUAUUAAUAUCACUAAUAAUGUUUACUCUACCCCAUUGUGUUUAGCAGCUGAAGGUGGUCAUGAGAUUGUGAUUUAUGCCUUUAUUAAAGAGUUUAAAUGCAGCCCACAUAACAGAGGCUACAAUGGUCAAACUCUGCUUCACUAUGCUUUCCAAAAUGGUCACGUAGAACUAUUGAAUAAACUGGUAGCUCAAUAUAAGGUGGAUCCAACAAUUAGAGACAAUGAUGGGAACACACCUCUACAUCUUUUGUGUCCUACACCGCAUACUGAAGAAAUGCUAAGAACAAUCCUUUGCAAGUACCAGUACUGGACAGUGUUUCAAGUUAAUAAUAAAGGUAACACCCCUCUUCACACAGCAACUCUAUAUGGGCAAACUCAUUGUGCACGUUUACUAUUGCAGAAGUAUGAUGCUCCACUUUUUGUGCGAAAUACAGAUGGGAAGACAGCCCUUGAUUUAGCUAAACUUCAGAGAAAACAAGAAAUUGUUACAAUUUAUGAAAAUCAUACUUCCAAACUCCAAUUAACCUAUGAGCAACUAGACGAACUUGCUAAACAAGAGUUUACUGGUGAAAAGAACCUCACCAGAAUAUUUGUUGUAGGGCAUCCAGGUGCAGGGAAAUCCACGCUUGUUGAGACUAUCAAAAAGGAAGGUUUCUUUAGCUACUUCAGCACAUCAACUGUUGCCCCUCACACUCCAGGCAUUAUUCCAAGUACUUAUGACAGUAGUUAUUAUGGAAGAAUGAUACUCUAUGAUUUGGCUGGUGAUUCCGAGUACUACUCCUCACAUGCUGCAAUUAUGGAGUCAAUCAACACAUCAAAAGGAAGUAAUAUAUAUUUGAUAGUUUGUGAUUUGAGUAAAGGCGAAGAAGCUGCUGCCACUAAAUACAGCUACUGGCUUUCAUUUCUAUCAUACAAUAUUAAGCAAUUCUCAAACAUGAUUAUCCUACCAGUGGGAAGCCAUGCUGAUGUAAUCAACAAAACGUCAGUUGAACAAGUGUUAUGUGUUCUUGACAGCGUAUCCCAAAAGUUCUGUAGCAGCUCUAAGAUUGAUGACUUUCAAAUUGAACAAAGUGUUUCUCUUGAUUCUCGUAAACGAGGGACUGUAGUAAAUGACAUAAAGGAACUCACUAAGAAAUUCUCCAAUUUGGUAUCCCUUUCCCCAGAGACAAGCACACUCUUGGGAUUGUUGAAGAAAGACUUUGAACAUGUUCCAGCUUGCAAAGUAAGCCUCCUUAUCUCUCACAUAGAAGAUACUGGAAUUCCAUUGCCACUAAAUUCUUCAUCACUAUACACUCUCAUAAGAGAGUUGCAUGAUUUGGGUCUGCUAAUGGUGAUAGAGAGAGAAGGGGACUCCAUUGAGAACCAUAUAAUAAUUCUCAAGAUAUCAACAUUCACAUCAAAUGUACACAAAAAACUAUUUUCAGAGUCUGACCUCACAGAGCACAUUGAUCAACUCAAGUUUAGCGUAGGUAUUAUUCCAGAAUCACUACUGGAGAGAGUACUGCCAGAGUACAUCACAAAAGAAAGUCUACUGCAGUUGCAGUACUGUCACGAAAUUGAGAAUUUGUAUGUGGAAGAGGACCACAGUCUUUCUCAACUCACUUCAGAACCUGUACCAACAGAUAGUGCCAGUAAAGAGAAAUCUAAUUUAUUUUUCCCUGCUCUGUGUGAUCUCAAGCUUGAAGACAUUCAAUGGCCUAAAUCCGAAGGUGAUAAGAUUACUUUGGGAUGGUAUGCUAAAUGUGAUGGUGACAGAUUCGACUUCUUUCCAACACGAUUUCUUCAUGUGCUUAUCGUUCACCUCUCUCACAACUUUGCACUAAAACAAAUCCUGCCCACAAGACACAGACUCUCCACUACAGCUUCCAAUUCUUUGAUUGCUGAGGUACAUGCUGCCAAUCCUAGCUGUCAUGUCUGGUCGACUGGUCUGCAUUGGCUUAUGAAGAAUGGAGUGGAAGUGUUUGUCGAUAUGCCUAAAGAAGCUGAUAGUAAAGAACUGGUUGUACUAGCAAGGAGUGACGUCCGAAAUCAAGCCAAGUGUUCUGAAACUCUGCAUCAAGUUAUUCAAAAGGUAGUGGAAGCAAAAAUGGAGUUCUGUGCUAGUAUAGUGCCUACUGUUUACCUUCUUGAUCCGAGCAAUCUCAAAGAUGAACCUUUUACGAAUGCUUUGAGUUCAUCUAAAUACGCUCUUAGUGAUAUCGAAGAAGCACUAGCAGAAGGCACUGAGGAAGUUGCCGAUAAAGACAGGCAAUGCUUCUCCACUCCGAUCAAAGAAUGGAUCAGCCCAACAAGAUGGGCCGUAUCUUACUGGAAUUUGUUUUUUCCAAUGAAUACCUUCUUGGUUCAUUCUGCUUUGCAAGAAGUAAAUAGUGCUCAAUGGAAACUGCUAGGAAUGAGUCUUCCGAUCCCCUGGAACAAAUUAGAUGACAUUGAGAAUAAUGACUCAUCAUACCCUGGUGACUUUGCUAAGAAAGAAGAAGUAAUUCGACUAUGGAUGUCUCAAGAACCCACCUGGAUAGUGUUGGUAGAUGCUCUCAGUCAAUCUGCAUAUGAAUGGUCACAGAAUUCGAGUCAAAUCUCACAAAAGCAUAAUGUGCCUCUACAAAAGAAAAUUCUCGAAAAAGAUUCAUCUCUCCGUCCUAACGAGGACUUUCUCCAAUCAUUUGCUGCCAUCAUUGGCUCUCGUUGGCAGUGUCUUGCUUUUCCCCUAUCCCUCACUUCUGAAGACAUUGUGAGCAUCAAGAGAGAGACAAGAGGAGCAGAGCCGACCAGACGAGCACUCGUCAUGCUACAGAAGUGGGCAGCCAAGGAGACGGCAACUUAUGCUAGAGCUUCAACUAGUGUUGUAAAAACUUCUGUAACAGCUCCAAGAUUGAUGAUUUAUAAAGCGUUGCUUUUGAUGUUAUAAAUGAGAAGCUGUGAGUGACUUAUCGUCCUCUGUCGGAUUUUCCCCGGAGACAAGCUCUCUUCUGGGAUUGUAAAAUAACAUUCCAGCUUGCAAAUAAAGCCUCCUUAUCUCUCACAUAGAAGAUACUGAAAUUCCGCUCACACCCUAAGAGAAUUACUCGUAUCAGAUGUCCCAUAAUGAUAAUGUUCAUUGUCAAGUCUGCUAAAGCAGACAUCACCAAUUACAUCGAUCAACUCAAGCUCAGCGUUGUCAUAAUUAAAGAGUCGCUACUGCAUGGAAAAAAUACUACCAGAAUAUACCACAAGCUGCAGUACUGCCAGGGAAUUUGUACAUGGAAGAGUACAACAGUCUUUCUCAACUCACUUCAGAACCAGUACCAACUGAGAGUGCCACUAAAGAGAAAUCUCAUCUGCUUUUUUAAUCUCUGGGUCAAGGGUGACAAGAUUACCCAGGAUUUUAUGCUGAAUGUGAUGUUGGCAGAUUUGACUAUUUCCUAACGAUUUCUUCAUCUCAUUUCUCUUACAGCUUUUCAUGAAAACUAAACUUGCCAACAAGCCGCAGGCUCUCUAUAAUAUCUUCUGAAUUUUGAUUUUCUGAUUCUUCUACUGCUAAUUGUUCUUUAAUUGCAGAGGUUCAAUUAUGCUGCUAAUCCUCGCUGUCAUGUCUGGUCUACAUGUACUAUACUUGGUAUGCAGGCUUAUGAAGAAUAGAGUUGGGUGUAUUUGUUGAUAUGUCUAAAGACGCUGAUAGGAAAGAACCUAAUAGCGAGAAGUUUACUAACAAAAUAUAUACACUCUGUAUAAUUAUAUUGUCUUCUGUUUAUCUUCUUUAUCCGAGCAAUCUCAAGGAUGAAACUUUUACAAAUGCUACAAAUGCACCUAAUUAUGCUCUAAGAGAUAUUGAUGAAGCAUUAGCAGAAGGAACUAAGCAAGUCAUGGAAAGAAGGAUUAUGCUUCUCUAUUCCGAUGAAAGAUUGGGUCAUCCCAAAAGAUGGACUGGAUCUACAUAAUUAUUACUGGAGAAUGAAACGAAGCAUCCUUCCCUGGUGAUAAUUAUUGCCAAGAAAUAAUUCGUCCGUGGAUGUCUCAAGAACCCACCUGAAAAACAUUGGUAGACGCUCUCGUAGUCAACCUACAAUUGGAUUGUCCAACAAAACAAUUAAGUCAAAUCUCACAAGAGCACAACGUACUUCUACACAAGAAAAGCAUUAUCGAAAGUAAUCAUCUGUCCGUCCUGACGAUAAACUUUCUUCAAUCAUUUGCUGCCAUCAUUGGCUCUCGAUGGCAGUGUUUUGCUUCUCCCCUCUCCCUCACUUCUGAAGACAUUGUGAGCAUCAAGAGAGAGACAAGAGGAGCAGAGCCGACCAGACAAGCACUCGUCAUGCUGCAUGGUCAUACACUUUUCGUGUUUCAUAUCUGUACCACAUUAUGUGUAGAUUUAGCUGCAUGCAUUCAAUUGCACUUACAUACUGUAGAUAUAGCUGUUCAAUCCAACACAUGUUAGUGUCACUGAACUUUCAGAAUUCAUGCCUUGCCACUUACUACUAUACUUCAAAUUGUUAUUUUUUUCUACUGAUACAACAUCUUACGUCCUUCAAAACUAGCACUCAGUUCUAUAGCUAAUGGCCGGUUGUGCAUGCAAUGUCAUGACUUCAUUAUGUACUGUGUUAUUCAUCA